UCGUCAGAACGAGUGCUCGCAGGAAAAUCGAAAUAGCUGGCCCGAAUGUUCGGCGAAAAUUCCAGAGCAGCAGGCAUGUGGCACCGCAUAGUUCUGCUCUGCUGCGUAUGGAGUGCAUUUUUCGUGUGCCACAGCCAGGGGCAACAAAUCAACAUUGGCGCCUUCUUCUACGACGACGAGCUGCAGCUGGAGAAGGAGUUCGUGGAGGCGGUCAACGCCAUCAACGGCCCGGAAUCGGAGCAAACCCCGAGUUUCUACCCCCUGAUUAAGCGCCUGAAGCCCGAGGACGGCAGUGUGGAAGUGCAGGAGCAGGCUUGCAAUCUUAUAGAUAAUGGUGUCGCGGCUAUUUUCGGACCAAGUUCAAAGGCGGCGAGCGACAUCGUAGCUCUGGUCUGCAACAGCACCGGCGUCCCGCACAUCGAGUUCGACCUCUCGGACGAGCAGCAGCCGGAGGAGCGGCCCAACCACCAGCAGUCCCUGAACCUCUACCCCUCCCAGGUGAUCCUCUCCAAAGCCUACGCGGACAUCGUGCAGAACUUCGGCUGGCGCAAGUUCACGAUAGUCUACGAUGCGGAUGAUGCCAAGGCGUCGGGUCGCCUGCAGGACCUUCUGCAGCUGCGGGAGGUCCACAACGACAUAGUCAGGGUGCGGAGGUUUCAGAGGGACGACGACUUCCGGGUCAUGUGGAAGAGCAUCAGGGGCGAGAGACGAGUGGUCCUGGACUGCGCCCCCGACAUGCUGGUCGAUCUGCUCAACUCCUCCUCGGAGUUCGGCCUGACCGGGCAGUUCAAUCACAUUUUUCUCACGAACUUGGAGACCUACGCGCACAAUCUAGAGGAGCUCUCUGCGGACAACGAAACCUUCGCCGUGAACAUCACGGCAACCCGCCUUUUUCUCAACCCCGAUCUGCCAGAGUUCCCCCAGGACGACGGCAGCGAAGCACGCACCCUGCUCCACGACCUGAUCCACGAUGCAGUGAAUCUGUUCGCGCAGUCCUGGCGGAAUGCCAGCUUCUUCUACCCGGACAGGAUGGUCGUGCCGAGGAUAGCCUGCGACUUUGUCCCCUCCGGAGGUCGUCCCUGGGUCAUGGGUCGCUACCUGGCGCGCCAGAUGAAAGGGAUCUCCGGCGUGGACAGCACGAGCUUCCGGACCAGCAGCCUGAGCUUCGACGAGGACGGGCAGCGGAUUGCGUUCCAGCUCGAGCUGUACGACCCCCUGGACGGCAUCGGCAUAGCCGUCUGGGACCCGAGGGGCCAGGUGACGCAGCUCAACGUGGACGUGAAGGCGCAGAAGAAGAUCAUCUACCGGGUGGCCACCAGGACCGGUCCGCCGUACUUCAUGGUCAACGAGACCGCGCAGGAGCUGAACCUCACGGGCAACGCCUUGUACAAGGGCUACGCGGUGGACCUCAUCGACGCCAUCGCCAAGGAGGUUGGGUUCGAGUACGUAUUCGUUCCGGUCGCGGAUAACCAGUACGGGAAGCAGGACAAGGACACGAAGCAGUGGAACGGCAUCAUCGGCGAGAUCGUCAACAAUGACGCCCACAUGGGAAUCUGCGACCUGACCAUCACCCAGGCCCGCAAGACCGCGGUGGACUUCACGGUGCCCUUCAUGCAGCUGGGCGUCAGCAUCCUGGCCUACAACAAGCCCCACACGGAGAAGGACUUCGCGGCGUACCUGCAGCCCUUCGCGUACGAGGUCUGGCUGUGGAUCCUCAUUGCCAUUUUCGUGGUGACCUUCCUGAAGACGAUUGUGGCGCGGAUCUCGAAGAUGGACUGGGAGAACCCGCACCCGUGCAACCGCGACCCCGAGGUGCUCGAGAACCAGUGGCACAUCCACAACACCGGCUGGCUGACGGUGGCCUCCAUCAUGACGGCCGGGUGCGACAUCCUGCCGAGGAGUCCCCAGGUGCGCAUGUUCGAGGCCACGUGGUGGAUCUUCGCCAUCAUCAUCGCCAACUCGUACACCGCCAACCUGGCGGCCUUCCUGACCAGCUCCAAGAGGGGCAGCAUCUCCAGCCUGAAGGACCUGAGUGCCCAAAAGAAGAUCAAGUUCGGCACCAUCUACGGCGGCAGCACGUACAACCUGCUGGCCGAGUCGAACGAGACCGUCUACCGCCUGGCCUUCAACCUGAUGAACAACGACGACCCCUCGCCCUACACGAAGGACAACCCCGAGGGAGUGGAGCGGGUGCGCAAGAUCCAGGGCAACUACAUGUUCCUGAUGGAGACCACCACCCUGGAGUACUACCGCGAGCAGCACUGCGACCUGCGCUCCAUCGGGGAGAAGUUCGGGGAGAAGCACUACGCGAUCGCCGUGCCCUUUGGGGCCGAGUACCGGUCCAACCUGAGCGUGGCCAUCCUGCGGCUGAGCGAGAAGGGUCGCCUCUACGACCUCAAGAGGAGGUGGUGGCAGAACGAGGACGCCAACUGCUACCAGGAGCCCGACUCGGACGAAACCCCGGACAUGAACUUCGAGGAGCUGCGCGGCAUCUUCUACACGCUCUACGCGGGCAUCCUGAUCGCCUUCCUCAUCGGCAUCGCCGAGUUCCUGGUCUACGUUCAGCAGGUGGCUCUGGAGGAGCGGCUCACCUUCAAGGCCGCCUUCAAGAAGGAGAUCCUGUUCGUGCUCCGUGUGUGGGUCAACAAGAAGCCCAUUGUGGCCGGGACCCCGGUUUCCAGCCUCAGGACCACGCCCCGCAGGUCCCUGGACAAGUCCUCGGAACGAACCCCCAAGUCGAGUCGUCGCAUCGUCAUCGGGCGCUCCUCGGAGGAGAUGCGGGAAAUGCCGCAGGGAUCCGGAGCUGGGUCCUCCUCGCACUCCGACAGCACGAAGGCGGAGCAGCAGGAGGAGCGGCUUUAAGCAGUCUGAUUGCCAGCUAUUGUUAAUGAGUUUUCAGUUGGUUUCAGGGGCAGAAGUUGCUGCAUUCAAUACAACCAGAUUCGAACAUAA